CCCUCCUGUGCCCCCGCCAUCGCCCCCUCGCCCUUUCCCCCUUCCCUCUUCGGCACCAGCCCGCGCAUGACCCCCCCGGCCGCGCCGCACUUCCCGGACGCGCGCCCUUGAGGACCCACUCCUGCUCCCACCCCCACAAGGGAUCCCGGCGCCGCACGCGCGCGUGCGAGAGGAGCCCGUGGCAUGCCAUUCACCGCGCAGCACCUCUCCCCGCCGCCCUUUCCUCCGCCGGCCGGCGGGGCUCCAGACGACCCAUCCAUCUCGUCUCCUGUCCACCCGCCCCCCUUCGGCCGUUCCCUCUCCUCCUUCUCCUCCUCUUCGGAUGAUUUCUACUUCCAGCCACUGACUGGCUCGGUGGAUGCCCACAUGGGCAUCGACUCGCCACCGGCCAUGCGCGGCGGGGCCACCCCUCAUCCGCCCGCCACCACGGGCAGCGAUUCCCCCCGGCUGGAUGCCUUCCCGGUGUCAUCGCUGGCCAAUCGCCGCGCGCGCAUGGUCCCGCCCCUGCGCCUACAGUCAACCAACUCCACGGCUCCCGGGGCCGAUGGGCCUCCCGCCGGCGGCCCGGUCCCUCCGCCCCUGGCCACCGAUGGGGGUCUGGUGCAACUGGUGAACGUCCAGCCCGGCAGCGGGAUCUCCCUGCUGGCCGUCGAGGGCCCGGGGGUCCCUCGUGCCGCGCCACACUCGGCCCCUUCGCUGUCGAUGCUCGGCGGCGGGGCACCCCCUCAGUUCUUCCCGACCGACGCCACAUCGCCCCUGGGGCUGGGCCCGACCGGGGUCGCCCCGGGUCCCGGGUCCCCACUGACCACCUACCCCGGGCCCGGGCUCGGUCCGGCUUCUUCGAUGGGCGGCAGUGGCGCCGGCUUCCUGGCCACCGGGCCCCGCGCCUUUGGCAGCCAGUCCGGCAGCGCCCUGCAGCUGCCCACCACCAGCCCAGCGCCCCACGCCCGCGUGCAAUCGCCCCUCCACAGCCACCACCACCAGCAGCAGCAGCAGCACCACUACCAUCAGCAGCAGCAGCAGCAGCAGCAGCAGCAGCAACAGCAGCAACAGCAGCAGCUUCAGCUCCAGCAGUUUCAGCAGCAGCAACAGCAGCAGCAACAGCAGCAGCUCCAGCUUCAGCAACAGUAUCAGCUCCAGCUCCAGCUCCAGCAGCAGCAGCAGCAGCUCUCCCAUCACCAGCAGCUUCAUCUGAGCAAUCCGUCGGUAUACCCAGGCCGGCCGUUGUCAGCGGCUGGCUCCGGCGAGGGGCAGCCCCUGCUGAGCCCGGCCCCUGGCGCCGGGCCGGUUCUGGCAUCCUCCCCCGCGCCCUUGUGCUUGCCAUCGCACACCUCCCCGGCAUCCGGCCACAGCGGCGGCGGCGGCGGCGGCCCGGUCAGCCCCUUCCCCAGUGCCACGAUCCCCCCCCCGCGGCCGCUGUCCACCGAGUCGGGCCUGCCGCAGCUGCUGCAGGGGAGUCGCCUGCAUGUGCGCUCCAUCCCGACCCGACACUCGACCGGCUAUACGACCUACCUCCAGGCGCAGGGGUCGCUGCCGGGGCACCACCCCCCCCACCAGCACCAGCAGCACCCGGCGCAUCAUCACCACCAGCAGCAUCCGCACCUGCACAAUCCGCAUCUCUCCUCCCUGUCAUUGAACCGCAUCCUCUCGCCGGACUCGGACUCGGACUCCGCGCACCUGUACCAAUCGCACCCGAUCUUGCGCUCUUCGCCGGCGGGUUGGAUGACCCCCCCGGUCACCGGGUCUUCGCUCAGCUCCUCGUCCGUGUCUCUGUCGGCCCUGGAUUCCAGCCGGAAUUCGCUGUCCUCAUCGUCCCUCGGCACGGUGAGUUCCUCUUCCGGGAGCUCCUCCCGGCAGAGCUACACCACCGGCUCGACGACCCACCACCACCCGGCCCUCGAGCCAAGCAUGGCCUACCCCUCUCCGGCCGGGCGCUCCCUCAGUCCCUUCCAGCACCUGUCGCCAGUCCCCGGCGCCGGGGCUACUUACCCUGGCCCAGCCAGCCUGGCCACCAGUGGCUCGGCCGAAUUUGGGUUUGCCCUGCAGCAGCAGCAGCAGCAGCAGCAGCAGCAGCAGCAGCAGCAGCAGCAACAAAUCUUCCUGCAGCAGCUCCAGGCCCAAGCUCAGGCCCAGGCCCACAUGCAGCAGCUCCAAGCGGCCCAGGCGGCCCACCCCACCCAGCAUCCUGCCCCGGCACUGGAGCCCGGAUGCGACAAGUUCCCGAUUGUCGAGCGCCUGCGCCAAAUCGAGCACGUCCAUGCCCAGGGGUUUGCCGCGGCACUGGCACUCCUUCGGCCGACCUCCCUGGCCCAGACCCCGGUCCCACUGGCUCGGGCCGAGCAUGUCAACCAGGACAUCGGCGACUAUGUCUUUUUCCGCGUCCUCAGCCAGACCGCCUCAUCGCUGGUGUGGCUGGCCUGCUACCGGCCGACCGGUGUCAUGCUCGCUGUCAAAGUCCUGGCCAUGCACGACCUGGCCCAGGCCGACGACCAGCUGCGCCUGCUCCGCGAGUUGACCUGCUACCGUCACCUGGCCCACACGAACAUCAUCCAGCUGCAUGACAUCCUGCAAACGCCGGACGCCGUGCUGGUGGCCCUGCAGUACCUCGGGGGCGGGGAUCUCUAUGACUUCGUCGACCGGCACAAGGGCCUGGCGGAGGAUGUGGCCCGGCCCCUUUUCCGGUCCCUGGUGGCCGCUGUGCGGCACAUCCACACCCUGGGGGUGGUCCAUUGCGACCUGAAGCCCGAAAAUGUGGUCCUGUCAUCCGACCACACGCACUUGGCUCUGGUGGACUUCGGCUAUUCCACCUACUGGAUCGAUGGGCCACGCACGGCCCAGGUCCAGGCCCCGGUGUCGCGGCCGCUGAAGCUCAAUUGCGGCUCGCCGGAGUAUGCGGCGCCGGAAUUGGUGUCCGGGGUGGCGUAUCACGGCCGGCCGGCCGACGCCUGGGCCCUCGGGGUCACGCUGUAUGCCAUGCUCAGCGGGUCGAUGCCCUUCUACAAUCGCGACCGGAAGGCCCUCUUCCGGGCCAUCGCCCGCGUGGACUAUCGCCCGCCCUCGGUGUCUGCCCCGGCGCGGGACCUCAUCAGUCGGCUGUUGGUGGCGGCGCCGGAGCAGCGUGCCACCCUGGACGAUGUGUGGGCGCAUCCCUGGCUCCAGGCUGCCGGCAUGGAGGGGGGAGCCUCCCCCGGGUCGGUGGUGGCCGGCCAGGCGCCUCCCCCGGGCUCGCAAUAUCAACUGCUGUCGUCCAUGACCGAGGCCGAUCUCCGGCCCCGGAGCCCGAGCGCCUCCUCGCUGUCCAGCUUGUCCUCCUCCAGCACGCGGUCAUCCUUCUCCUCGGCGUCUGACAGCUCGCUGGCCCCGGCGAGCGCCGGGGCCCGGACACCGGGCCCCGGGGUCUUGGGCCUGGCCGUCGACGUGUCGGUCACCACGCCGGCGCCCUCCUCGCGCGGCCGGCGCGUCCGUCUGUCCCCGGCGGCCGAGGACGACAUCCACGAGGGUGUCAGUGCCAUGUCCUUCGUGGACAAGUCCGACGCCUGCAGCAUCAGCAGCGUGUCCACCACGGCCAGCAGCAGCACCACCACCAGCGCCAGCGCCAGCGCCAGCGCCAGCGCCAGCGCCACCCCCACCUCCACCACCAGCCGGUCGGCGUCCCUCUUUGCCAGUGUCAUCGGCAAGAUCCGCACCUCCCGGUCCUCCGGGCGCGCUGAGCGCCAGGCCGCCGCGGCCGCGGCCGCCGCCGAGACCGCCUCCGCCGCCACCUCGCCCCAGGACCACGAGAUGGCCCAGUCGCCGGAGGAGGAGCCGCCCGCCCGCGAGCGCCAUCGUCCCAGCCGCCGGCCCUCGCUGCAGACCUCCAGCCUGGUGUCGGUCUUUUCGCUGAAUCUGUCAAAGUCCUCGCAGAAGACCGGGCCCGGAGCCCAAGGCCUGCGCCGGUCCCUUCUCCACCGGUGGUGGUGGUGGUGGUGGUGGUGA